UUGUAUGUAAAAUAUGGAUCCAAAAGAAUAAAUCUAGCAGUGCCAAAUACUUAAUCCAGUCCAUUCCUCUGACAUGGAUGAUUAAGAAAUUUGCUCUGUACAAGGCUCCCACAGUAAUAAUGACUCUGACUCCUCUUUCAGUUUAGCAGAGCAGGAGCAGGAAUGUAAGAAAUUAUUGAUUUAAUCAUCAAAUGAACAAGAAAUGACAAAAAGAAGAAGAGGUACAAUAUUAUUUAAGUUUUAAAUCAGGUAAGCACGGCCUCAAGUAUGCAAAAAUAACCAACGAUUAGAGAGAGGGUUUGAUCAAAUAAGUCACAUCAACUGGAUGUACAAUAAAGAGUGCAGCAUAAUAACUUGGUAUCAACUUCUCAACAGCAAAGGCGAUCAUGUAGAUUUUCAAGAAGGAAGGAAGAUCUUGUAAAAAAGUCAUUCGUAAGAACAAAAAAAGACAAAGUUAAAUGUACAAAAGACUCAAUGUAGUAACAAAAGACUAAAGUAAAAUAAUAGAUUUAUCCUAUUCUAGGUAUUGGAGAGGAAAAUGAAUUAAAGAAAUAGACAGCUGAAAUUGAAAAGGAAAUGUUACAGCAACCCAUCUAAGUCAUGGAAGACAAAAACAAAUAAUAACUUAUACACAUCCAAUAACUGACAAAUCAGGUAAAUUUAAAGAGUUAUUUUAGAAUUUGUUAUAUUAAGUUUAAGUGUCAAAUUUAUUUCAAGAGAAUGUUGUUUUAUCCUAAAAGUAUUAGACUCUAUGUUAAUAGUAUUCGUAAUUGUAGAAUAUGGUAUAAAAUUAAUAUAUUUAGAUGUAAUAAAUAAUGAUGAAAACAUAAAGUCCAUUGGUUCCAUUUAUUGUUUGA